GUGUAAUUAUUUAGAGUUUGGUAAGACGUCAGUUACAAAACAGGGCCACCUUCGGGGUCAGAAGAGCUUUGGAAAUACUCUAACAAACAGUGUCUGCAUAAUGAGAUUUUAAGGAUGAUUGGCACUACAAGUUGUGAUGUCCAAGUUGGCUUGACUCUAAAAGGAUGCUCUCUGGUUUAAGCUUUGCCGUCUUCCUCCUCUUGACCACAUCAAGUGCAGAUACUACUGUUCGACCGUGUCUAUGCUCAGCCCCUCCGUCUGUUGGUCUGCAAGUAAACUGCAGCUCUUUAAACCUCAUGGAGCUGCCUUCUCUGCCCUCAGACAUCACAGAGCUCCAUGUGCAGGACAAUCGGCUCACCUCUGUGUCUACAGGCCUGUUUGACAGACUGGUUGGUCUGAAAAAGGUCUCUCUAUCUGGAAACCCCUUCCACUGUGACUGCAAGAUCCAAUACCUGAGGAACUGGUUGCUGAAGAACAGAGCUAUUGUUUUAAAGGAGCCCACCUGCGCCAGUCCAAGCUCUGUGGCUCAGAAAGCCAUCACUGAACUCAGUGAUGAUUACUUUUCUUUUUGUGUUCUGGCAAACUGCACUAAUGGGACUUACAACACCGUAAUGGGAGUGAUGCUAUGCUGCGUCAUCAUUCUCCUUCUGUGGAGCUUGAGACUGGCCAAAACAUCCACCUUCACUCUGUCCAUAGAUGAGAGACACACAGGAUUUGAGGCUGAUUCUUUGCGCUCACUGAGGCCCAAACACAGAAAGAGGCUGCACGCUGCGCUGUCAGAGAUCAGUGUAGACUCAGAUUCUCUCACUUGUGAGGAAGAUCUAGAGAGGCCACUUCUCAACAUGGAGUUACUGCCACAAGUUCUGGAUAUUCUGCACAAGAAGCACAAUAUAAAGAUCAAGGCUACAUGAGAAACCUUUUUGUCUACAGCAGUAUUUAAAAACCCAGGGGUGAGGGCAGUGACAAGGCAGCACAAUAGAUUUCUUUCUGUUUUUUUGGAAUAAAAUUGAUGUAUUACUGAACAUCUA